AGCGAGCGCGCGCGGAGGCGCGGCAGCGGCCUCGGGCACCGCGCGGCGCUGGGACGGGGACGUGGCAGCGGCUGCGCUCGGCGCUCCAGAAAGUUCCCUGGAAGUUCCGCGCGACGCGGCGCGGGAAGCGGCCGGCUUGACCAUGAAUGUGUUCCGAAUCCUCGGAGACCUGAGCCACCUCCUAGCCAUGUUCUUGCUCCUGGGGAAGAUCUGGAAGUCCAAGAGCUGCGCGGGCAUCUCUGGGAAGAGCCAGAUCCUUUUUGCUCUGGUCUUCACCACCAGGUACCUGGACCUCGUCUCCAAUUUCAUCUCCAUCUACAACACAGUGAUGAAGGUUGUUUUCCUUCUCUGUGCCUAUGCCACUGUGUACAUGAUCUAUUGGAAAUUCCGGAAAACAUUCGACAGCGAGAAUGACACAUUCCGUCUGGAGUUCCUCCUGGUCCCAGUGAUUGGCCUUUCCUUUCUGGUGAACUACAGUUACGCACCAACAGAGAUCCGAGUUCGGCUUAUGAUCAGUGCCCGAUAG